AUGAGGGCGUUGACUAUCCUUAGCUGUGUAGAGGGUCGUCCCGAGGAAGGCUGCUUACACGCAGCAUGCCGUAAGAAGAGUAUCAUAACGGCGGCGACGAACUUUGACGAGAACCUUACGCCGCGGACGCUUCCUUUUCGAAGGAUCUAUAACCUUUGUCAAGAUGCAAGAAUCCAUUCGUCGUUACGUUCGGCAUCACUGGUGCGCUACUAG